AAAGAUCACCUUGAUGCUUUUUCUACCAUGAAGUCCAUUUCUAUUUAGAACAUUUAGUGGUCUAUUUAGUCUCCUGUAACCUUAGUGACAUUAGCCAUAUUUCCUAAUUAAUCGAACAUGAUAUAACAUCAAAAGAUGAUAAAGAGACCACAAAAUUCUACUGUAACAAGACUUAAAACUGUGAAGGGAAGAAAACUCAUUGUCUUUGUACCACAAUGAUAUUUUGGUGUAUUGUGAUCAUGUUUAGCAUAAAACUCAUUGUCUUCUGAGUUUUCUAUGCCAAGUCCUUAUUCUUCCCUGUGGUGGAGAUGACUCUUUGGUCACUAAGCCCCAAUAAAUGUCAAGAACAUCCACAACAUGCAAUGUUACUUGUAGAGAAUAUAGAUCUCGUUGUUUUCUGUUCUGCAUAGUUCCUUUUGAUUCUGUCUGGAUUUGUACCUUGUCGAAUUGGGUGCCCUUGUGAUUUACAUGCUUAUUAAGGUGAAGCUUUAUUGCAAAUACAGUGAAUCCACCUGCUUAUUCUGUUCUCUCUCUCUCUCUCUCACAGGUUGGCUUACUGAACUCUGAGAAUGAGGACUUCGUGAAGAAAAUGGUGGAGACAACUCAAGAUAAUUUUCAGCAAGUUCCUGAAGAGAUUGAGAGUGUCAUGGUUGGUAUAGAAGCAUAUUUGAGCAUCAAAAGGCAUAAUUCUGACACCGGUUUGUCUUUUUUUGAAGAUAAAUCUGGGAGUGAUGUUGUCGAGAAGGAUUUCUUGGAAGAUUUAUGGGGUCGGAUUCAAGUACUAUGUGGCAAUGGAUGGAAAGUUGACAGUGACAGAAAAUUUGAUUCAAAAUGGAUGACUGUCAGGUUCAUGUUCUCACACCAGUUAAUGAAUUGGAGUAAUUCCUAACUGAUGGCCUUCAUUGAAAGCUUGAUAACAUUGAAAGACUACUUCAUUUAUGUACCCAGACCUCAUCUCUUGUUUGAAGCUCAGCUGGUUGCUGGGAAGACUUGUUAGUUUGGGCCCAUUAACACUCCAGAGCAACCUGAGCCGCUUUCAGAAGUUUCCGGGGUACUUUAUGGUAAACAGAAGCACAAUGCAGAGUUAAAGUAUCCUCAAAGGAUACGCAGGCUUAAUAUAUUUCCUGCCAGUAAAACUGAGGUACCAUAUGAUUCAUAUUGUGGAUGCUUGUAUUUGAUAGAUCAACAUUUUCAUUCUUUGAUCUCUAUAUAUCCUGUACGGUUUUGCUUUGGUUCUGGAGCUGGUAAUCACCCCCCCCCCUCCAACCAACAGAAACACUCUCUUCUGGGAUGGAUAUAUAACUGUUGUGAUUUUUUUAAGCAUUAUAAAGAUGACCUUCAGACGCAAAUUGAAUGUUUUCCUUUAGCAUCUGACCCCUGCUUUACAUCAGUACCUUACUUUGCACCUGACCUUUUCCAUCAAAUCUGUCUUGGACAUGGGAGAGAAAAGAGGAAGGAAACUGUAUGAGUUUCUUUUUAACCUGCCUGUAUUUCAUGUGAGUUAUGCAAGCAGAGGUUUUCCCAUUAUCACAUAACAAUUGACAGUGGGACUGCAUGUAUUGAAACCAGAAUAUUGUAGUCUAUUUUGUGCUACAUUUAGUUUUGCUUGUUCUUGUAAAAACAAUUUAAGCUGCAU